AUAUCAACGGCAUUGUUCAAAGUCUUCUACUCUUAUGCAGGCCUGAGCAAUGUCAACAACGUCAUGAAUGAGGUGAAAGACCCAGUCCGAACACUCAAAUCGGUUUCAAUCAUGGCAUUAAUUACAUCAUGCAUUCUCUACCUCCUGGUCAAUGUCGCCUACUUCAUGGUGGUUCCAUUAGGCGAGAUUCGGGGCAGUGGAGAGCUGAUUGCGGCUUUAUUUUUCCAGAGAACCUUUGGACCUCACUUAGGAAAGAAGAUAUUGCCACUGGCAGUUGCUUUGUCUGGGGCUGGUAAUGUCAUGGUGGUCACCUUCGCCCUAGCACGGCUCAAUCAAGAGAUUGCGCGUCAAGGAUUCCUCCCCUUCUCCAAAUACCUAGCAUCGUCAAAACCAUUCAAUGCACCCAUGGGCGGACUCAUCGUACACUACAUCCCGUCCCUCCUUGUCAUAGUCCUUCCACCAUCUGGAGAAGUAUACUCCUUCAUUCUCGAGGUGGAAGGAUAUCCCGGUCAAUUUUUCGCUUUAGCCAUAUCAAUCGGACUCCUGUGGCUCCGGUACAAGAGGCCUGAUCUCAAACGUCCGUUCAAGGCCUGGAUCGGAGCUGUAGUUCUCAGAAUAGCUCUCGCUCUGGCGCUUUUGGCUGCCCCGUUCUUCCCGUCGAAGCGCAAAAGAACUGAUGAAAGAGGAAUGUGGUAUGCAACUUAUGCAGUUGUCGGAAUCUCUAUCAUAGUGUUUGGGCUUUUCUACUGGUAUGUUUGGACGAGGCUCAUUCCUCGGCUGAGAGGGUAUAGGCUUGAAGAGAAAGAUGAUGUGCUGGACGACGGAACUACGGUCACAAAGCUUAUUCAUGUCCAACUAUAG